AUGGACGGGCCGAACUUUGUCAAUAUCUCCGGCGGUGAACAGAAGAUUGGCCCAACAACGAUCCUUCUCCAGACUCGCGCCGCCCGACUCAAUGAUGUCCUCACCUCGCGCGAGGUAAAUGAGAUAGCUGAAGCUCAACCUGGCAUAGUCCAGUCUCUAGUAGACCUACAGCGACUGGCGAAUGUUGCGGAUCCCUCAAAAGCUGCAAAUACGCAGACUACGUCCGCCGCGACCGUCAAGGCUCCCCGAAUGCGUACUGCAAGCAUUGAUCCUGACGGCAGAGUGAUCUUCGAGGCUUCUGAAGGUCUAAAGAACGUAAAUUGA